AACAUACUCAUUUCUCUGUGAGAUAUUACUCUUGAACGGCAGAAACAUUAUGAAAGCAUGAUUUUUAUAAAGAUUCUUCUUGUUUUACUAGCAACAGUAGUUACACUUUCUGAAGAUGAAAAGACUUUCAAUCUUAAAAUUGGUUUUGAUCUAACUAAAGGAGAAAAUGGAAUGCCAGCAUUACGAAUACGAGAUUUUGAAGAAUCUGCGCCACACGUAAUACCAGACCCUAAACAAACACGGAAACAAAAUAUCGAAAAGGAUGUAGCCGAGGACAAAAAACCUAAGAAAAAAAGAAAAUCUGAGAAAGAAGGAGCUGCAGGUAAACAGAGUGCGGUAGUCAGAGCCGAAGAUAGUUCUAAAUCUAAAUCCCAGUCAAGCAAUUCCAAAUCCAGCGAAGAAGAAAAACCUAAGGCCAGGGAAGGCUCACCUGUUAAGUCGUCUGGAACGACUCCAGAACCAAAGAAAGAAAAACAUAAAGAAAGCGGAAAGUCUUCAAAUACUGCGUCAAAAUCUAAGGAAAGCGUUGAUGAAGAUUCUGAUGCUAAGGCCCUAAAACAUAUUACAAAAGGCGUGAUUAAUGCGGAAGAAUAUGAACCUGAAGAAAAAGGUCAUAAAGGGCAAGAUUCAAAAGACGAGGAUGACGACGGUACGAGACGCAGCAGACGAUUCAAACGGCAAGCAUUUACGUUGAAAAAGAGAUAUAGAGAAAUCGGAAACAACGAAGGUAUCACAAACACCCAGACCCAAGAUAACACAGAAAACUUAGUUUUACUACAUUGAUCCGGCCGGGAGCAAACACGUGAUCUCAGAGAUGUGACACCAUGAAUACCAGGGCGCAAGCUAAUCCACCACGAAAUUCGUUUGAAAAAUAAAUCAUUUGUCAGUCUCUAGAUUAUAUAGCCCAACAUUGCAAUUUAUAUGAAUAAUAAU